AUGAUGGACAUUAACCCCAUUUACCAAUACUUCAAGACACUACUCACAGGGUCGGCUAGUGCCUCAUCCAUUAACUGCUUAGCAGCUGAUUCUCCCUGUUUCCCCAAGAAGGGAUUUCCUGCACAGGGAAUAAAUGGGUGUCAGCUGUUGCAUCGCAAAGUGAGACGCUUAUCACUCCGCACAUGCCCCCUUUCUAUGCCUGAACCAAAUUACCAAACCUUCAACUGCAAGAGAAGAGAAGGUUUCUGUCAGGACUACUGUAAUUUAAUGGAAACACAAGUGGGCUACUGUUCGAAGAAGAAAGAUGCCUGCUGCAUAUGA